UCUUCUUUCCCAACGUGUUAAGGGAGAGAGAGAUACCGCCCACCUCACGUCCGGAUACUUGGAUACAACAACUCACCACCAAAGGGAAACUUGGUGGCGUUAGCUUGUAGCACUUUUCCUCGACUGUUGUUGUAAUAGUGCUGUUUUUAUGGCACCAUAAGAUUAGAUACGCCGUGCACUUAACACUAGAAACAUAGCGGUAACAUAACGGUCCAAACAUUGUAAUGGAUUAUUAAUAGCUUGUUUUAAUCUGAUGUAAUAAUACGGUUAAUACUGGAUGGUCACUGACUACUUUGUAGCUAACGGAAGCUAAAUUAGGGUUAAAGUUUAUGUGGACUUUUAACAUCUUACGUUUGGUAGGAAAUUAACGUAAUGGCAAUGGGAAUACGCAUCCUUAAGUGACCUAUUAUGGUGUUUGAAUUAAGUGAAUGUGUCGAAAACAGGUUCCAUGUCCCAGUUUGGGAGCCUGAAGAUAACGUAGCUCGGUCAGACAAGUGAUAUGUAAAGACUGCUCCUCAGACACAUAACGACAGGUAGACAUCUGGUGUGACUCGGGUUAUGACCCCCUGUCGAAGUUAGACACGACACCUGCCUGCCAUGGCGAGCGCUAUAGCAGCCAAACUGAUGGCCCUCAGCACGCUGAGGAGAAAACAAGCCAAGAACUUUACCGUCAGGAUCUGCACCAUGGAGUCAGACCUGGAGUUCAGCUGUGAGGUGAAGUGGAAAGGAAAAGACUUGUUUGACCUCGUCUGCCGUACGCUUGGUUUAAGGGAGACCUGGUUCUUUGGGCUGCAGUAUGAAAUCAAGGAUACGGUAGCUUGGCUAAAGAUGGACAAGAAGGUUUUGGAUCAGGAGGUCCCCAAGGAGGAACCAAUUAUCCUUCACUUCCUGGCCAAGUUUUACCCUGAAGAUGCAGAGGAGGAGUUGGUGCAGGAUGCUACACAGCACCUCUUCUUCUUGCAGGUAAAGAACAAGAUCCUGGAGGAAGAGAUCCACUGUCCGCCUGAGGCCUCUGUGUUGCUGGCUUCUUAUGCUGUCCAUGCCAAGUAUGGUGAUUAUGAUGCCAAGCUUCACAAGCCUGGCUUUCUGUCCCAGGAGGAGCUACUGCCUAAAAGAGUGUUCAACUUGUACCAGAUGACUGCAGAGAUGUGGGAGGAGCGGAUCACGGCGUGCUAUGCCGAACACCGCGGCAGGACAAGGGAUGAAGCUGAGAUGGAGUAUUUAAAAAUAGCCCAGGACCUGGACAUGUAUGGAGUCAAUUACUUUUUCAUCCGGAAUAAGAAGGGGACAGAUCUGCUGCUCGGGGUGGACGCCCUGGGCCUGCAUAUCUACGAGCCCGACAACAGACUCACGCCCAAGUGCUCGUUCCCCUGGAACGAGAUCCGAAACAUCUCCUACAGCGAGAAGGAGUUCGCCAUCAAACCGCUGUAUAAGAAAACCAACGUUUUCAAAUUCAACUCCUCCAGGCUGCGGGUCAACAAGCUGAUCCUGCAGCUGUGCAUUGGGAACCACGACCUGUUUGUGCGCCGGCGUCGGGUGGACUGUCUGGAGGUCCAGCAGAUGAAGGCCCAGGCCAAGGAGGAGAGGGCCCGUAAACAGCUGGAGCGCCAGCGGCUGGAGCGGGAGAAGCAGCGGGAGAAGCAUCUCCGGGAGGAGGCGGAGCGCGCCCGCGACGACCUGGAGAGACGGCUGAGGCAGCUCAAGGAGGAGGCCGACAUGGCCAACGAGGCCUUGAUGCGUUCGGAGCAAACGGCGGACCUGCUGGCGGAGAAGGCCCAGAUCGCUGAGGAGGAGGCCCAGCUGCUGGCUCAGAAGGCGGCGGAGGCCGGGCUGGAGACGCAGCGCAUCAAGGUGAGGGCGCUGCGCGGCCAGGAGGAGCGCCGCGCCAUGGAGCAGAAGAUGCUGGAGGCCGAGAUGCUCGCCCUCAAAAUGGCAGAGGAGUCGGAGAGAAGAGCGAAGGAGGCGGAGCAGCUGAAACAGGACCUACAGGAGGCCAGGGAGUCUGAGCGCAGGGCCAAGAACAAGCUGCUGGAGAUCACCAGCCAGGCGGUUGGCCCGCCUCCAGUGGCUGACGUCAGGCCUGCGGUCCUGAGCGCCCCCCAGCCCCAGCCUCCCCUUGCAGACCUGAUGCCUCAGGACCUGAGCUUCAGCCGGGAGAACCUCAGCUUUGACUUCAAGGACACCGACAUGAAGCGCCUCUCCAUGGAGAUUGAGAAGGAGAAGGUGGAGUACAUGGAGAAGAGCAAGCACCUGCAGGAGCAGCUGAACGAGUUGAAGACCGAGAUCGAGAGUCUGAAGCUGAAAGAGCGUGAGACGCCAUUGGACAUCCUUCACAACCAGAACACAGAACAGGGAACCAGCAAGCACAGCAACUUCAAAAAGCUAACACUGCAGAGCACCAAAUCCAGAGUGGCCUUCUUCGAAGAACUUUAACACACACACACACGCACUGCUUUUUAAAUGGAAAUGUGCCUUGGAACUUUUUGCCGUCUACAUUCCUGGUGCGUGCAAGUGAUUUGCCGCGCUCCAUGACCUCACUCACAGCCUCCUGGAAAUCGCCAUGGUUACCAUGCACCGGCCACCUCCUUAAUUAACUCUGUGGAUCAUGGACAGAAGCAGAGAACUCGCAGAGCAAGGUUCCAUAUUUUCGUCUUUUUGACACUCAGUCAGAAAUGUAAAAUGUGGAUCCGUUUCUUUACUAAGAAACACAUUUUUUCAUUCUGGAAGUUGAAAAGCAAAAAAAUAUCUGACAAUGUUAUUAGUUAUUUUUGCUGAACAUUUGAGCAAAUUAUACUGUUUGAACUUUCAAGGUGACCUCAUAACAAUAUUCAGUUCCAAAUGUUCCUACUGGAGUCUGAAUAACUUGAUGCAUUCUGGGAAUUUGAAAAGUCAUUUUGAGAAGUCCAUAUCAAUGUCUACUUGAGGUCAAAUAGGUCCAUGGAUUUGGCUGAAUACAUACAUACAUGCAAUACAAUAAUUGUUCUAUAUCAAAUUGAAAUUGAUGAAUAGAAUAUCUGCCUUUUUACUGCAUAAUGUAUAUUAUACUCUGCAUAAUGUGUGCACUACAGGUCUUGAACAUACCCCCUUCAUCUCAGAACUUUAUAAACGUUGACGAUUUGUGUUAAGCUAAAAGACUAAAGAUGCAUCUUAUUUUUAUCAUACACCAUUGUGAACCGUGCACGACUCUCUGGACCUGUUCUCUGGGUAUGAAGAGCAUGCUUCACUACAGAACAAAAUUUAUCCGGAUAAUUCAUCAGGGUUUUGUAUUUUAGUAUCGUGAUGCAUUAUCCGGGCAUUACCAUAUGAUCAAGAUUAUCAGACAUAUAAACCGCUACAUAACAUUUGCUUUUUUAAUCUUUAAACAAGUACACAAAUCGAUACAAACAUAUUCAAUGUUUACUUUAAGCCGUGUAAGCUAUAUUUUUCAUAAUCUAUUUCUUACUGCAACUGACCAACUUUUGUUUUUUAUAUUUGAGUGUAAUCUUUCAACUUUGGGGUUCAUGCAGAAUAUGAACAACCCGUUUCUUUAACGGUGAAGAAGGUUAUUGCUUGGUUCCCAACAAGUGUUUAUUUAGGCUGUGCUCCUGUGUACAUGUUUCUCCCUCAAGAAUGCGUUCUUUCUGUGUUUUUGUGAUUAAAUUGAGCCCAUGUUACUACGACAUGAGGCCUUUAUCUGUACUUGUUGUUUCCAUAUAUCAUGCUACGUGGUUAGCGGUUGCUAGCCAUUAUCUCAGAAUAGGGUACUCUGAGCUGAAGUACAAGUGCACUAUGGUCUGCUUGGAAAGGACCUGACAGAAAUUGGAACUGCAUGAUGGAGAGGCCUGUAUUGACUGUGGCCCAUUCUCAAUAGGGAUCACAAUGGUUAAUUUUGGAAAUAUCCACUUGCUCGGGUUUGUAUCUAUUUUGACCUAAUGUUACAUGUUGGAUCAAUCUUUUUUCUUUUUUUUUUGUAUGUGAACUAUGUAUGAUUCUUGUAUUAUACUUAAUGUGUUGGGAAAAUGUACUUCAUUCCUGCCUUCCCUAAACAAGCAUAGUAAGCAAUAUAUUAAUACAUAUUUUUUGGUUUACUCUGGGAUAAAUUAUAUAUUUUUUCUAUGAACAACUUCUACAGAGAAAAUAUAUUACAGAAAUUUAUUAUUUUGUGCGCGAGGAUCAAAUAAAUGUCUUAUUCUUCUAUUCUAUUUCUAUACCUUCCUCUCAACCGACGUUUCUCCAGACACAAGGUUCAGGAGUGGUUCUGUAAGGUCUCAUCCUCAGACGUCCUUCAUACCAACUAGUAAACGGAGUCUCCUGGCCUUUAAAGAUAUUCAAUUAUACCUCUGGAAUGAACUAAGUGUUGCAUUACGCCUCCACCAUUACCACCAACUUGUCUUAGAU